AAAUGAUUUAAAUGUAUAUUAUCGAUCCCUUUUUACUGCUUGGUGACGUGUCCUCUCAAAAGAUGUGUAUAUACCUACCUACUUACCUUUUUACUUCCUUAUUUCUAGAAUUGGAGUAGAAGAGGAAAAUGUCAAAAUCCUUAAAAACACCAAGAAGUAAAUCUAUAGAAAAAAAUAAUUUCAAGUUAGUUGCAGCCAUCGAUUUUGGAACAACAUUUUCAGGGUAUGCUUUUUCAUCAAAAGAUGACUACAAGAGCAAUCCCCUUCUUGUAUAUGCUAUGGUGUGGCCAAAUGAAGUUUACCAGUCAUCGAAAACAUCGACCACUAUUUUGUUCGAUGCAGACAAAAAGUUUCACUCUUUUGGAUUCCAAGCUGAGACGGAUUAUGCUAAUUUAGCACAGGGUGACAACCAUCGUGACUGGUAUUACUUUCGUAGAUUUAAAAUGGUCCUCUACGAGAAUAUGAAUAUUGAUAUGGAUAUGAUGUUACAAGAUGAAACUGGCAAAGACAUGCUUGCAUUAGACGUGUUUUCUGCUGCUAUUAGUUAUCUAAAAACCAAUUUGUUAGACAUGUGUAAAAGGCGACACUAUUUAUACAAUGGAGAUCAAAUACGAUGGAUUCUUACUGUUCCAGCAUUAUGGAAUGAUCGAGCUAAACUGUUUAUGAGACAGGCAGCUAACCAGGCAGGAAUAUCACAGGGCCAACUAGUAGUUGCACUGGAACCCGAAUCAGCAUCUCUUUACUGUAUUGAAUGGAUGAAAAGAGAAACCUCAUUUGACUUGGAAAAGGGAGAAAAGGUACUUGUCCUUGAUGCUGGAGGAGGUACUGUUGAUAUUGCUAUUCAGCAAGUCAAAGACAACGGUCGGAUACAGGAACUUCACAGGGCUAACGGAGGUGACUGGGGAGGUACUAAGGUAGACCAAGAAUUCAAGCAACUCCUCAUUGAUAUUGUUGGGAAUCAGGUUUUCGAAGAAUUCAAGUUAAAAAAUCAAACUGAUUACAUGGAUUUGUUUAGAGAUUUUGAAGUAGGUAAACGUAGGGAUUUUUCUGUUGAAGCCACUGGAAAAGUGCCAAUUCGUCUUCCAAGUAUAUUUAAUGAGCUCUGUCAGAAAAUAAACAAGAGAGAUAUAAAUGAGAUAGUUUCUAUAAAUAAUACAUUCAUAAACCAUAUAGAACUCAAGCGGGAUAAACUACUAAUUGAUAUUUCUAUAUUUAAAAAACUCUUUGAAAAGACCAUAAAUGAAAUAAAAAAACACUUACAAGAAUUAUACCAGAAGAGAGAUAUCAAUGACAUAAGAACUAUAUUCAUGGUCGGAGGUUUCUCAUGUUGUCAUCUGUUAUAUGACUGUAUUCAAAAGGAGUUUCCAUCAGUGCGCGUUAAAUUUCCAAUGGAUCCAGAAUUAUCUGUUCUAAAGGGUUCAGUGAUAUAUGGACAUAGACCGGAAAUAUUUUCAUCAAGAAUAAGUGUGUACACUUACGGUAUAGAGACCACGGAUUUUUCUGUUGAAGCCACUGGAAAAGUGCCAAUUCGUCUUCCAAGUAUAUUUAAUGAGCUCUGUCAGAAAAUAAACAAGAGAGAUAUAAAUGAGAUAGUUUCUAUAAAUAAUACAUUCAUAAACCAUAUAGAACUCAAGCGGGAUAAACUACUAAUUGAUAUUUCUAUAUUUAAAAAACUCUUUGAAAAGACCAUAAAUGAAAUAAAAAAACACUUACAAGAAUUAUACCAGAAGAGAGAUAUCAAUGACAUAAGAACUAUAUUCAUGGUCGGAGGUUUCUCAUGUUGUCAUCUGUUAUAUGACUGUAUUCAAAAGGAGUUUCCAUCAGUGCGCGUUAAAUUUCCAAUGGAUCCAGAAUUAUCUGUUCUAAAGGGUUCAGUGAUAUAUGGACAUAGACCGGAAAUAUUUUCAUCAAGAAUAAGUGUGUACACUUACGGUAUAGAGACCACAGAACCUUUUGACAGAAACGAACAUCCUGCUAGCAAGAAAAUGGCAGACUCUAUCGAUGAAAAAUAUCACUGUGAUAAGAUCUUUUGUAUUCAUGUAAAAGAAGGUGAGAUUGUCACUCUAGGAACAUCGGUGCGUAAAACCUAUAAAACCAUUGAACCAAAUCAAACUGGCAUGGAUUUUAAAGUAUAUGCCACGAAGAAGAAAAAUCCGAAGUUUACAGAUGAACCCGGAUGCUUCUACGUUGGAAAGCUGAAAGUAGAUCUUUCUGGAAUUGUACCAGGAAAGAAUAAAACAAGAGAGAUUGAAGUUGAAUUGGUCUAUGGCGGUACCGAAUUAGACGCAGUUGCAAGAGACACAAAAUCUGGGAGGGAAUUUAGAGGACAUUUUGUUCUUGGAUCAAGAACACGAAAGGUUUCUCAUAAAAAGGAAUGAAAAAAAUGUAUGUGUAUUUCAUUCUUUAGCUAACGGUCAAAUAGCUUAAAAAGCUUUUAAGCUUGCCAACAUACUUCAUCUAUAUCUAUAUUCAAAUCGAAUACUAGUAUCAAGAUGUUAAUAUCAUUUAAUACAAUGACAAUAUUUGGCUAGUAGAAAUAUAUUUAAACUGAGUUGGUAAUAAACUUAGGUAUUUAUAGUACUUUUUUCUCUCUAAUAAAGUAAA